UCCGGCGAGAGCGAGGCGGCGAGCGGCUGAGCGCCCCAGAGCCUUGGAUUUAUUUCAAGGGAAAUUAACCCGGAAACCGAUCAGCAGCGCCGUGAUCCUGAGCGUAUGCCCCUGGAAAAGCUAGGCAUGAGCACCUCUCUGAACUACAAGUCCUUUUCCAAAGAGCAGCAGACCAUGGAUAACUUGGAGAAACAACUGAUUUGCCCUAUCUGCUUAGAGAUGUUUACGAAGCCUGUGGUCAUCCUGCCCUGUCAGCACAACCUGUGCAGAAAAUGUGCCAGCGACAUUUUCCAGGCCUCGAACCCGUACCUGCCGACCAGGGGCGGCACCACAGUGGCUUCGGGAGGUCGCUUCCGCUGUCCUUCCUGCAGACAUGAGGUGGUCCUCGACCGACACGGCGUGUACGGGCUGCAGAGGAACCUCCUGGUGGAAAACAUCAUCGACAUAUACAAGCAGGAGUCCACAAGACCCGAAAGAAAGUGUGACCAGCCAAUGUGUGAAGAGCACGAAGAUGAGAAAAUUAAUAUCUAUUGUUUGAACUGUGAAAUGCCCACCUGCUCCUUGUGCAAAGUCUUUGGUGCCCAUAAAGACUGUCAAGUUGCUCCUCUCACAAACGUUUACCAGAGACAGAAGUCUGAACUCAGUGACGGCAUCGCGAUCUUGGUGGGGAGCAACGACCGAGUGCAAGGGAUAGUCACACAGCUGGAGGAGACCUGCAAGGUGGUUGAGGAAUGCUGCAGACGACAGAAAGAGCAGCUGUGUGAAAAAUUUGAUUAUCUCUAUUCUGUACUGGAAGAAAGAAAAAAUGAGAUGACACAAAUAAUCACUAGAACCCAAGAGGAGAAACUGGAACACGUCCGCUCCCUGAUGAAGAAGUACGCAGAUCAUUUGGAAGCCGUGUCAAAGCUAGUUGAAUCAGGAAUCCAGUUCAUGGAAGAGCCAGAAAUGGCUGUGUUUUUGCAGAAUGCCAAAACAUUGCUACAAAAAAUUACUGAAGCAUCUAAAGGAUUUCAAAUGGAAAAAAUAGAGGAUGGCUAUGAAAAUAUGAACCAAUUCACAGUGAACCUCAGUAGAGAAGAAAAAAUAAUAAGAGAAAUUGAUUUUGAGAGAGAGGAGGAGGGCGAAGCAGAAGAGGAGGAGACGGUGGAUGGUGAAGAUCUAGAAGAAGUCCACACAGAGUCAUCAGGAGAGGAGGAGGAGGAGGAGGAAGGGGCCGAGAGAGCACCACUGCCAUCUCAGCAGGACCCUGAAGCACCAAGCGCAGCUGGCGAGCCCCUAGUCGAACUGGCCCCACCGUCACUGCCCGCUGAACCAGCUGGCCAGGAUGAGGUUGUGACACCAAGUGGCUCUCAGCAGACUGCAGAGUCUGACAGUCCAGUGUCAUCCACAGCAGAAACCGCCGAUCCCUUGUUUUACCCUAGCUGGUAUAAGGCUCAGUCGCGGCAAUCAAGCGGUCCGAGCUCAACCCCAGUGAGCAGGUUGGGUAAAGUAGGGCCUCCUGUUUCUCUGGAAACAAGUGCACCGAAGGCAGAAGCCCCGGAGGCGGCAGCUGUCAAGGAGAGCACAUCAGGGAGUGGUAAGGAAAGCAAUACCACUGCGGCAACAUCCAAGACUGGUUCUGAACCAUCCCCUCAAGGACGCAUGGAGGAAACGCCUGUGAGCCACGAGAGGGGUGACGAGCCGGCUCGUCAUGUCUUCUCCUUCUCCUGGUUGAACUCCCUGAACGAAUGAUGACUCACGCGGGCUGGCUUCUGGUGUGCUUCUCUGAGGGACCGCAAGCGCAGGCAGCCUGCCUGGAGUUGACAAAGAAACAGGCCUGGAAAGGGACAUCCGAGCAGGUUUCGCUCCCAGGAACUUAGCUGACCUCCACAUUGUGCCCUGGCCCUUGAAAUGACGGAGUCCUGAAAAGGGCGGGAGCACGGGGACAAAUUGCUGUACUACCGUAGUCAGAGUGUUUUCCAAUAAUUUCUUGUUUCCAAGGGGAAAAUGGCAUCACUACAGCUGUAGGAUGAGUACUGCUAAUGUUCACUAUUUAUUCACUUUUCAGCAUGUCUUCGUGUAGGUGUAAAUGCUUCAUCCAUGUUGUUAGUUAAAAUGCUAAUAUGAUAUUCACUAGUAGUACCCUUUGGCAAUACAGAGUGUUUCCCCUCAGUACCCUCCUGUGUCCAGCCCGGACAGCUUGUCAGUGUCAGUGACAUCAGUGAAACUAUCCCUCCUCAACACCGCCAAAUCAGGGUUAAGCCUAAACACCUCCCCGCAGUCGCUUGUAGUCCCCACAGUACCGGGACAUCCCAUACUGCAGGAGCUGGACGCAGGAGGGGAAAGGGAAGCUGCCGUUUCUUCCCUUCUUCCUUUCUUCCUUCUGCAUUUGCUUUUGCUGCUAAGUCACGUAGAAGACAAUCACGUACACAGGUUUUGUUUGUAGGGAAGGUCCAUAGCAGUAGGGAUGAGGAAGAUGUGCACGCUGAAAGCACUGGCCAACCCCCCACUCAUGCAUGGGGUGACACACAGCUCUGACUGUGUGGGGAAGCGGCUGGAGUGCUGCCCACAUGUCUGUCCAGCUGUAACCUGCAUCCACGUCUUCUCAGUCAUCCAUGAGAUCAGCAUACAGGAAAGGGGGCAUGUCUUUGCAUGAAACCAGGGUGCAGUGAGGUGGCCGCAGCUAUUUGUUAAAGGUUUGGUCUGAAAGCGCCAUGGUGCACUGUGGAAAAGGCUAACGCUGAAUGUCCUGUUCCAUGUGCACAGCAGAUGCUGUGCAUGGCUAAUGUCUAAUGAAACCAGAUUUCUGUCUCAAAAGCAGAGAAGCUCUAUAAGAUGCUCUGAAGGUGAAACUGCAAGUUUUGUCACGAGGGACAAGGUUUCAGUGCUCCGUAGUGUUUAAGGGAGAUUGGCAGGUCGCUGGGCAUGCGCAGUGCCAUAGAGGACCAGGUUUAAAGCUCUGAUCUAGAGCUAUAUGUGGAUCUUUCCAGGAACUCUAAGUCCUAUCCUAAAGACAUCAUUUUGGCACGAGACCAUCUGGCAGGGCGUAGGGCUGCGCUACACCCACUGCCCAAAGCAGGACCAGGUGAACCUGGCAGUGCAGGCACAACGCAGUAUCUGGUUAGCAGACUACGAGGUGUGACCCAGCCAUCCAGCCCCAGUCCUGACUGUGCCUCAUUAUAGGGACUAAGUCACAUCAGCCAGUCAUCACAGCCCUGAUUUACAUCUAUUGCCCCUGGAAAACGUUCCUGCAAGAGAAGUUUUUGAGGACUGGGAAGGUGAGGUCUGUACAGAGCUUUGAAGUUAGUACAGCCCAGAGCUAGCAACUCUCUGCACCAUCGUCACCACGUUGCUGUGAGAGUUUUUCCCAUGGAUUUAGUUUGGGGUGAGGGUUUGCGAGCGCAGGUCCCAGUCAUCCUUGCAGAUUUCCACCAGCACCUCCCACAAAGUUUCCCCAUGUACAAAUUAGUUUUCCUCCUAAUGCCCCUAGGAGGGACCCAGCUUAGCAACUCUGCCACUGGGAUGAGGGAGCUGAAGUGAGUUUGGGGUGUUCGCAGAAAUAGGAGGACAAGCACUACUUAAAAAAAAAAAAAAGAAAUCCAGUUGCAUUUCACGAGUUUUUGCUGAACGUGCACUGGCGCGGCCCUGCCGGAGAAGCCUCCCCAGCCCUCGGGGGUGGCGGGAGCUGGCAGAGCCCCGCACCCACGCGG